AUGUCUCUACCAGAAAUGGAUCAAUUAUUCCAGGCCAAGCAGCUGGCUAUGGCAAAUAGUCCAGAACAGAUGUUACCGAAGGUUUUGGAAACUUCUGCAUCGCUGUAUCACUCAAAAUCCGCGUCAACGUUACUCAAGUUGGAACUAUCCCGAUUCAUUCCUGAUUUGUUACUUGAUAUACUUCGUCAUGAGCAGAUCCCAGUCACCCAAAAGCCGUUUAUUGCCUCGCAACAUUUGAAUUGUCUAUGGUCGAUUUGUCAGAAUGUUAGGGAUUCUAUAGCUUACAAAUUCUCUAUACUAGCGUUUUCAGCAUCUUAUCCUUUGCUAUUUGAUCUUGUUGCUAAAGCGUCUAACCAAGAAAUGUGGGACACCAUGCAACAGAUGAAAACAUUCAUUGUAAGUAAAUGGAAUACGACGUAUCCGUUGAAUCCGUCAAGUGAUAAUGCGAACGAAGACUUUAUAGAUGAUGCGAGGAGCAUUGGCACAAGGCUAGCUACUGCCAAAUUCAUUUCAGAGAUUGUUAUUGUACAUACUUCAAGAAACAACAGUAGUAACAGUUCCGGCAAGAAUAGGGCUUCAUCCAUUAGUAUCUCCUCUGUGCCGGAUAAUCACCCUAUCAUAAGCAACAAGCAAUCCAUUGAAUCCGAAGCUAAGAAAUUUUUAGACAUCUUGCUUAAUUACUUGAUCGAAGAGCCUAUGAUGGUCAGUUCUAUCUUCAUUGGGAUUCUGAACUGCCUUAGUUUCAUCAUGAUACAAAGACCACAAGCUACAAUGAGAAUUAUUACUUCGCUACUGAAGUUCAACGUUGAUGCCAAGUUUCAGGCAGACAAUAUAUCUGUGCUAAAUUACAGAUUGGGCAAGAGAUUCGUUGAACGCUGCUAUAAAAAUUUUGUUCAGUUUGGCCUUAAGUCCCAACUGAUAAAAAAUUCAGGUUCCAUGUCUGCACAACAUUCUAAACUGUCAAAAAUUUCACAAACAUUGUAUGUUAUAGGUGAAGAGACGAGAAGUAAAGGUAUACUGAAUUUUGUUCCGGAAGAGAUCGAGAAUAAAAUGUCAAAUAAGGAUAAACAGAAGUACGCCUUAUUGAGAAAGAAGCAGCAAAUGCCUAGAAGUUUGACAAAAGACCAAUCGCUUCCUUCAAUAGUUAGCCCGCCUCUACAACAGGCCACGCUUAAUAAUAUCGAUAAUUCAGUGGUAAACACCAAUGGAAAUAAUUCUAAUACGAGAAAUGAUCGAAACGGCAGAAACAGUAACAGCACCGGAGCCAAUAGUUCUUCUCGAUCGGUGUCAGGAACAUCCAACGUCGAUAGCACUACCAAACUCCUGAUGAAUCUACAAAACUAUACCAUGUCAAAAAACAACAUAUCUACUUUUUUCAAUUCUUCACCAGUCACAAUUGAUAAUUCUUAUAGCUCGAUCUAUUCUUUAAUGAACAGUAAGAAUUCCGAGCAAGACAUGUCUGAAUUACCCCAGGAUGUCAUCAUUAAAUUGUGCAGUGAAGCGUUUUAUAAAACUGACACAACACGUAUGAUUUCCGGUCUCUCGAUCGUGGCAUCGAGGUACACUGACCUAAUGAACAAAACUACACAGAUACAGACUGAUUCUAAAAAGCGUAAGGCAGAGGAUCAACAUCAGCAAGAGGAACAGGAGCAAUCUAAAAAAGUAAAAAGGGAAGGCUCAGUCGAUUUGAAAGUUGAAGAAGGCGGAGGAGAUAACCAGAAUGAUGAUAACGAUGACUACACCGUCGAAAGUGAACACAGGGAACAUGAAGUAGAAUUAAUGAAGCCGACCCCAAUGACAGCUGAACAAAAGAUGGCACAUGUGGAACGUAUUGUUCAAAACAUAAUGAGCAUAAAAGAUUCCGAUGAAAAUCCAGGCAUUACCAGUGCUGUAGGAAAGGGCCAGCAACCAUUGGAAAAGAUCAAAAUAUUGGAAUGGGAUAACAGCAAAUCUUGGCUUUGCAUUUUAACCAGAUUAGUCACAAGAGGUUUAUCAAGCAACGAAAGAAUGAGCGAUUUUAUCAGGCAAACUUUAUAUGAUUACUUUAUCCAAGAUUUCAACGGGCGGAUCGGAAUGGUGCUCGAGUGGCUCGCCGAGGAAUGGUACUACGAAUCUCUCACAGGUUUGGAUACCGACAAUUCGCCGCUCGAAACAAGUUUUGUAAAUUAUGAUAAAUGGUCCAUCAAGCUACUCGAAGGGCUAAAUCCAUUACUGGAGAACCAGCAUAGAAGAACCUUCAUAAGACUAAUGAGUGAGCUGCCCCGCAUUCAACAGCAACAUAUCGACAUGAUCAGGCCUAUCUGCCUUGAUCCAGCCAGAACCUCGCUCGGUUUCCAAACUCUAAAAUUUCUUGUGAUGUUCAGACCCCCAGUAAAGCCUAUGGUCAAGAUUUUCCUCGAGACAUUGAUGCAAGAGGAUGAAACUGCGAGCGAACAAUGUGUUGCAAUCUUAAAUAAGUUCUAUUGA